ACCAAGAUUAAAAUUAGACGGCAUCCAUAAUUUUAGUUUAAGACCUUACAUUCUGAUAGUAAAAAGAUAGCGCAGUCUACAUUCUUAGCAACAUGGCGGACGAUGCAGAAUUAGAAGCUAUUCGGGCCAGGAGAAUGGCCGAAAUGCAGGCACAGAUGGGAGGCCCAGGUGGUGGGGGCAAUGAUCAACAAAAAGAGAAGGAAAGACAGAUGGAGGAAAUGAAACACAGUAUUUUAUGUCAAGUCCUGGAUCAGUCUGCUAGAACUAGAUUAAAUACAAUAGCUGUAGCUAAGCCAGAGAAAGCUAAAAUGGUGGAAUCAAUGUUAAUGCAGAUGGCUCAAUCUGGACAAAUACAAGGAAAGUUAAAUGAGACUCAGUUAAAAGGUUUACUGGAGAGAGUGAAUGAGCGAACACAGAAAACCACAACAGUAAAGUUUGACAGAAGAAGAGCUGCAUUAGACAGUGACUCAGACUGAACUAUUGUAUCGACAAUCUAUGAACUAUUUAAGUGCUAUAAUAAUGUGCUACAUCUGUAUAUGACAGCUAAAAUGAUGUGCGAAAAAAAGAGUUUUGAUGUCAUUGGAUAUAUUUACAGUCAUCAAAUUUAGCACUGGCCAGGUAGCCCGUGAAAAUCCGUUCGGGCCAGAGUAAAUUUUAAGAAAAUUUAGUUAAAUGCAUCGUAGAAUAAAUUCAAAACUGGAAUUCGGGAUCUUAAAUUCCAUGACUGUAUCUCAUUUCAAAUAAUAAUCCAAGGAAAAUUUUUUAAAUGAAAUAUUUUAAGGUACAAUAUGUUCAAUAUCUGAAGGCUAUUAUAUUAAGUACUUAUAAUCAUUUUUAGAGUGAAGAAAACAACAACAACAACAAAACUUAAGGGUAAUGUGCAUAAACUGAAAAUUCUGGGCAAUUAUAUUUCACUAAUUCAAUUCAAUAUUAUUUAUAUCAUUAUCAUAUAGUGUUAAAAGUCAUAGAAAGAGGAACAAACCUACCUUAAAAUAUGUUACCUAAUGUGAUUCAGAUCUAGGCCAUUAUGCUGAAUGCAACAUUUUUCUUAAUUAAUACGUUAUAGUGUUUCAUGUUUCAAAGUUUUUACAUGUUUUAUUGAUUGAAGUUUUGAAUUUUUGAAGAAAUGAUUGUGUCUGUUUAAAUGAACAAUGAUUAAAUAUCUAUACACAAUAUUAUUAAGACUGAAAUACCUUAUAUAUUAUCUAUAAAUAGAUUGUCUUUCCCAGUGAUGUAAUGUUUUUGAUCUGAUAGAUGGGUAGCUGAUAGAUAGUUGACGAUACUGCAGUUGAAUGUUGAAGCCAAAAAUGUUUAUAAGUUGCAGCAUGUAAUUUUUAAUUUCCUUCUAAAAUUGUAUUUAUUAGCCAAAAAGGUCACACAUGGAUUGUUUUUAUUUUGCUUUGCUUGUUUAUGUUGAGUUAUUAAAGAAUUAAUUUGCUAUGUAUUUCAAUACCAGUCAUAUUUUGGGACAAAAACUUGGAAAGAUAAUAAGUAAAUUUCAUUCCUAUAGGUCAAUCUAGGUUUAAGAAUAGACCAGCUAUCUGAUGAAAUGUUACUGAAGAAAAAUGACCUUAUACAUGUAGAAUGAAUGCUGUGUUUAAGUGACAGUUACUCUGAUAUUUGUGACAAACCUCCAGUAACUAUGUUUAUGAAGAAGAGAUAGAAACAUUUAAAGUUGUGUAGCAUAUAUUACUAGAAAUCAUUUCUCAUUUUGUACGCUGUAUCUUUAUGUGUAUAUAAAUAUACAAUUAUUUAUUUGACAUUAAAGAUGCAUUAUUGAUAUUGUGAUGCCCACACUUAGUGCUUUUCAAAUUUUAUAAUAAAAUUUAUUGAAGAGACAAA